GUGCGAAUGCGUUUGUUUACUCGUCCAGCGGUUUUGUGCCGCUUGUUGGCCGGUUGUCCUGUGAAUCGUUCCUGUAAAAACAUGUCCAAAAUCCUUAAAGAAUGUGUGAUAAAGCCCCUGUCGCCCGAAUAUCUACCGAUACGUAUCAACACGGAGCAAACGAUGGUAGGCCGCAGCCCGGAAACACAAAUACAGGAUGAGCUUUGUUCGCGAAAGCAAGUUUGCCUGAAAGCGAAUCUGGAACAAGGAUACGUGUUGGUAAAAUCGCUUGGCUUGAACCCGUCCGUGCUGAAUGGCAAGGAGCUGAAGCGGAACAUCGGCUACGAGGCGGUACACGGGGACAUACUGGAACUGGUGCCCGGCAUGUACAAGUACGUGUUUGACUUCAUAUACGAGCCUAGCACCAGCGAGGAAGAAAAAGGUCCCCAGACAAGCAAAAAAAGCAGCAGUGCAUCCAGUUCGGGAAACAGAAGCGGUUCGAGCCGGACCAAUGUCAGCAGCACCAGCAAUGGAAAGCGUUCACGCGAAGAAAGUUCACCGAAGGAGGAAACGGAGCUCGUGCCAAAGGUGGAAAAGACAUCGAAACGAUCCAGUUCCGGAAAGAGAAGCAGCCCGAGCCGGUCCAAUGCCAGCAACUCGAGCAGCGAAAAGCGUUCGCGUGAGGAAAGCUCCCCGAAACGAUCCAAACAAGCAGCCAGUCCGGUUCCGGUGGAAAAGCGAAAGCCCUCGCUAGCACCCACGACCGAAGGAAGGUGGGAAGCGUCAGACGAUAAGCUGCUACACAUCUUCACCAGUGCCGGCGUGAUGGCGUCGGAAAAGGUGGCCGCCUACGAUAUGGACGGCACGCUGAUAAAAACCAAAUCCGGCAACGUGUUCCCGAAAUCGAUCGACGACUGGCAGAUCGCGUUCGCGGAGGUGCCGGCCAAGCUGAAGUCGCUGCACCGCAACGGCUACAAGCUGGUCAUCUUCACCAACCAGGCCGGCAUCGGGAAGGGCAAGGUGCGCAUCGAGGACUUUCGACAGAAGAUCGAAUCGCUCGUGCGGAAGCUGGGCGUCCCGAUGCAGGUGUUCAUUUCGACCGGCUCAGGCAAGUACCGGAAGCCCCGGACGGGCAUGUGGCAAACGCUGUGCGACAGGCAGCAGAAGGACGACGGUGUGCAGAUCGAUCGAGCCCGCAGCUUCUACGUCGGCGAUGCCGCCGGUCGGCCCGAGCUGAAGAAGCCCGUCAAGCGCAAGAAAGAUCACUCAUCGGCCGACCGGCUGCUCGCACUGAACGUGGGCAUUCGCUUUCUGACGCCCGAGGAACACUUUCAGAACCUGCCCGAGAUGCCGUGGACCAAGCCGGAGUUUGAUCCGCGCGAGGCGUGCCGGCUGGCGGUGACCGAGCCGCUCCUAGUGCCGGCCGGUGCAUCGUUGACCGGGUCGGGGCAGGAGGUGAUCGUGAUGGUGGGAUUUCCGGGCUCGGGCAAGAGCCACUUCGUGAGGGAGCAUCUCGCGCCGAAGGGAUACGACAUUGUGAACCGGGAUACGCUUGGCUCGUGGCAGAAGUGCGUGGUGCAGAUGGAGCUGUCGCUGCGGCAGGGCAAAAGUGUGGCGGUGGACAACCUCAGCCCGGACGUGGAAAGCCGCAAGCGGUACGUGCUGGUGGCGAACCGUGCCAAGGUCCCGGUGCGCUGCUUCCUGAUGGAUGUCGGCUACAAGCACGCACGUCACAACAACGAGUUUCGGGAGAUGACGGACCGGUCGCACUCCACCAUCUCGGAGCUGGUUUUUAAUUCGUACAAAUCCAAAUUUCAAGAGCCGACCGUUGCGGAAGGCUUCACGGAAAUCGUCAAGGUGAAGUUUGUGCCGAAGUUUGCCUCAAAGAGCCACGAAGAUCUGUACCGGAUGUUUUUGCUGGAAAAGUAGACAGUAGCGCAUGGUUUUACCUUUUCGAUAGCAGUUUACGUUUGUACCUUUUUACACAAUUCGACCAUCACACCCUAAAUGAUACGGCAGCCGGUUUUAGGAGGAUAAUUCGAAUGUAUUUGCAUAAUUGAAUGGAUGAAAGAACACAGUUAAAUAAAACAAUAAGUUCGCCGAAAGUUUAAA